AUGUGGGGCCAAGCACUUCUCAUAAGAGCUCUGUGUCCUCAGUUGCACUGGAGGACCAGUCCGGCAUUAUGCAUCAAUACCUACUACUCUCUUACCAGGGUAAGUUGGUCUAACACAAGGCACAGCCAUCUCUCAACCGUGUGUACAUGAGAGAGGAGGAGAGGGAGAGUGUGCCUAAUAAGCUAAUUUAUGCUAAUUGCAUAGAUGGAUCUGCGUAUUUAUAUCCCACAGGAGUUCCCCAAGUUCCUAAGUUCGGUCAUUGGAACCCAAAAAGAAGCAGCAGGAAGGCUGAACACCCCACACGCUGCCUAGGAUGGCAGCCCCGCUUCUUGUACCGUCUCAGUAACGCUCUCCUUCUCUGACAGGUUGAGGUGUUGCUGGAGGCCUUCUACAAGAUCACCCAGGGCCCUACAAUGGAGGGCAGAAAAGUAGACAUCUGCACUUUCUCCAUUUAGUUUGCCAUCACCCAGAGAAAGUGGCAGAGUACCUCUUCCAGUUCCGUAUUGGGUGUGGGGCACUCAAGCUUCUACCGGCCUAAGAGAGAUGUUGGGAAUCUGUAGGGCUUGCUCAGAAAGUAACUCUCUCCCUGAGUGUGGGGGCCAGGUAGCUGGAGAACCCCACUCCCCACAGUGUCAGGAACCAUUCUCCAAAUCUCUUCCUCCCCAGCUAAUGUACUUCCUCAUGGCAACGGACAGAGGUUUGGGGGAGGUUCUUGCAGUGGUACCAUAGAACGAGCUGGAACGAGCGAUGUGAGGCUGAGCACUCCUCUUAAGAGCUCCCUGUCUCCUCAAUUCCACUGGAGGACCAGUUCCAGAAUUGUCCCAUCAAUAAUUGCUGCCCUCUUGCCAGUGUAAGUUGGUCUCGCACAAGGUACAGCCAUCUCUCAACCCACGUGUGUGCAUGAGAGAGGGGGAGAGGGAGUUCCCCAAGUUCCCAGGUCCUGUCAUUGGAACCCCAAAAAUAGAAGCAGGAAGGCUGAACACCCCACGGGGUAGGAUGGCAGCCCUACUUCUUGUACUGUCUCAGUAACCCUCUCCUUCUCUGACAGGUUGAGGUGCUGCUGGAGGCCUUCUACAAGAUCACCCAGGGGCCUACAGUGGAGGGCAGAAACAUGGCCGUCUUCGCUUUCUCUAUCUUGUCGCACCACCACCUGGCGAAAGUGGUUCAGUAUCUCCUCCAGUUUCCCUUUGGGUAUGGAGCCCUCCAGGUUCUACUGGGCUAAGGGAAAGGUUAGGAAUCUGCAGGGCUUACUCAGAAAGCCCUUGCUGCCAUUUCUUCUUUCUGUUGCAUGGCAGCAAGCAGAAGACUUGAAUCUGACCAUUGCUCUUGUUUUUGCAUUCACAGAGACUGCCAGAGAAUAUGGAAGGAGGUUUUGGCAUCGGCUGACCAACAACAACUACUCCAUCUGAUGGCUGAGCAACUGCAUCUGGGGCCCUUGGUGGAGUCUUCCACUGCUGUGGUAAGAACAAAGAACCUCGUAAUAUUUAGGGCUUUCUGUAUUCUGCAGUUCAGUAGGAGCAGAGAAAAGAAAAGCCCCAAAAGAUGAUGUUGCCACAGAAUUCCACACACACAUAUAUGCAAAGUACAUCUUGAAAAAGGCCAGCUUUCGUUUAGGAAAAAGCCAGAAACAAAACACACCUGAAUCUACUACCCCAUGAUAAAGGGAUGGAAGGAAGGAAUAAAGAGAUGUGUGAAGGAAGGGGCUUCUUCCAGAUGUCUAAGCAACACCCAAUCAAAGCUGCUCUGCUAUUUACUUGAGGGAGAACUGCAACUCUGCUCCCAGACUUCUCCAUGGCCAUGGGGCCAGUCCCCCUUUCCCCAACCCCAAAUGUUGGUGAUGGGUUAUUUACAUCCAGAGUCGGGACCUUUUUGUGUGGGUGAGGGGAAGGGUUUAAUAUUUCUUCUACCCGAUUAUUGGGCCACAGGAAAUUGCCUUAUACUGAGUCAGACACUUGGUCCAUCUCCUUCAGUAUUGUCAGGACAAACUGGCAGUGACUCUCCAGGAUUUCAGGCAGUGCUUUGCAGAGCCUGCCAGGGACUGAACCUGGGGCCUUCUGCAGUGUCGUAAGAGAGAUGGUCAGAGAAGAGAAUAAAGGAAUAAUUGUUUCUUUCAGCGGCAUGGCAAGUGCUCUACCACUGAGUUAUGGCUUCUUCCUAAAGGGGCUAGGAUGCCCCCCCCUCCAUGAUGCAGUGGGGGGUUAUAAGAACAGAUAUACAGUCCAUGCUAUUCUGUUCAUGAUGACAUGCUGAGAUGCCCCAUAAAACAUGAGGGAACAAUCCAGUUCAGGGUAAAGUAAUGCAGGGAAAGUGACUUGUACCUCUCUCUCUUCCAGCAAAAUUUGACCAGCCUGUUGCACGCCAUCCUCAGGAUGGAGGAAUACAAGGCAGCUGUGUGCCAGCACUUCCCACAGCUGUUGAUCGCUCUCCGGAAGCUAGUCCGAAGAAAGACACUAUGAGAUCUUUCCGACCUCCUACAGAAUAUUCAGGAAUAUGUGAGCUACAGAAGGGAAGCAUUGCAGCCAUGCAGAUAUGUCAAAGCCUUCAGGCUGCCCCUUCUAGGCCCACCCUGCAAGGUGCCCUGGACACAAUCAGGCGUCUGAGCGCAUUAGCAAUCUAGAGAACGGAGUUGAGCCAUAGUACAGCUGAUCCUAGCGGGCUUUGCCCUUGGCAUGGAUCAGCUGAUAGGUGCAGAUUGCAAGCCUUCUUUCGGCAGGAAUUGGCUGCAUUCUGGGAUUCCUCUAGCUCCAAGGAGGAUCUAGUUAGUGGUACCAAAAGCCAGCAGGCUCAGGACCACCUAGGAGGCGGUUGACCAGCUUCAGUUGGACUGCAGGAUUCAGAGCCUUGUUGGGGCAUGGGCUACUGAGGAGCUGCUCUCAAGGGCAUCCCAGCGUUGGGUACUGUGAGUGAGACCCUAACUCACUCUUUGGCUUUCCUUUGCAGAGACACUGGAAUGAACAAUGUGGGGCCAAGCACUUCUCAUAA